AUGAAUGCUCCGGUUACAAAACAAAUGAUUCAAUCCGAUAUAAAUAAAACAAUUAAGGAUAUUGAAGAAAAAAUUGCACCAAAAAAAGGAUUACAACGUUAUCUUUCCCUACCCGAUUUUGGAUUUGACGAUCAACGGCUUAGGGAGGAAUUAAAAAGUAUAAAUUGGGAAGAAGGUCGUGUGUCUGGCACUGUUUAUUAUGGAAACCGAGAACUUUCGAAACUUACAUCUGAAGCAUAUACCAUAUUUUCUGCAAGCAACCCAUUGCAUCCUGAUGUAUUCCCUGGAGUACGUAAGAUGGAUGCGGAAAUUGUUUCUAUGGUAUUAAAUUUAUAUAAUGGCCCAAAAGAUGAGGCAGGCGGCACUACUACUUCUGGUGGUACUGAAAGAUCCGCCCCAAACUAUCCUCACGGUAUUAUUGAUGAUAUUCCUACUUUAGCAGGAAUUGCAGAUAAAUACAAAAUUGGAAUGCACGUUGAUUGUUGUUUGGGUAGUUUCUUAGUACCAUUUUUAGAGGAAGCAGGAUUUCCUGCCCAACCUUUUGAUUUCAGAAUAAAAGGUGUUACUUCAAUUUCAUGCGAUACACAUAAGUAUGGAUUUGCACCAAAAGGUUCAUCAGUAAUUAUGUAUCGUACGAAAGCUUUGCGUAGAUAUCAAUAUUUCUUUGCACCUGACUGGACGGGCGGAAUUUAUGCUUCACCUUCAAUGGCGGACGAUUUGUUUGUAUGUGGCAAACCGCUAGUAUCAGUAGUAGCAUUUGGUUCAAAAACUCUCAACAUUUAUGAUAUAAAUGAUAAAAUGUCGAAAAAAGGAUGGAAUCUUAAUGCACUACAAAAUCCACCAGCGGUUCAUAUUGCAUGUACGAUGUUAACAGUACCAAACGCUGAUCAAUUUGUAAGGGAUUUGAGAGAGUGUGUCAAUGAGAUUAAAUUAAAUAAAUUUAACCCAGAAAGAUCGACUAGUGACAGUGCAGCUAUUUAUGGAUUGGCAGCUACUCUACCUGAUAAAAGUAUUGUUAAUGAUAUCGCUAGUGGAUUUUUGGACGCAUUAUACUCUGCUUAA